UGAUGAUUGAUGAUUGAUGAUGUUAUUGAUGGCGAUUAGAAGAGACCUACCUACCACGUACCUACCUACCUAGAGACAGCAUACCACGUAGUUAGCAUGCCCGUUUGUUUACAGUGUACACGCCCUCCCUAAUGCCUAAUGCCUAAUGCCUAAUGCCUAAUGCCUAAUGCCUAAUGCCUAAUGCCAAUGCAGGGAGCGCGCAAUCUUACCCUGCCACGCGGCGUAGCCGCUGCUCUCACAUCCAUCCAUACCACGUACAUACGUCAGUAACUAGCCAGCCAACUCCCUUAGCGGAAACAGAAGAAGUGGAGACAGACGACGGAUAUACAAAGCGAGUUAGCCCCAGCAGCGAGCAGGUGACCCGCAAAGCAUGCAUGCACGCAAGGGUGCACGCACAGAAGAAGAAGAAGAAGAAGAAGAAGAAGAAGAAGAAGAAGAAGAAGCGGAAGUGGAGGCGGGAUAGCGACACGCGAUGCGACGAGACGAGACGAGACGAGACGAGACCGCCCAACAGCAGCAGCAACAGCAGAAAAGACGUGGCAGUAUGCGCUGCUUAAGCCGCGCCGCGGUGCGCGCAGCCGCUCUGCCAUUCUGCCCGUGGCCCUGCCCUACCUUGCCCUUGCCCUUCUUGCCCUGCCCUGGCC